CGUGGCUGCUGGCCUGAGAACGUCCCCUUCGACUGACGUCAAUUCGUCAAACCGGCCUAUUGCUGAGCUGUACUUGUGAGGACGGAACCUACACCCGGAUACCGAAACCGUCCGGAACCCGACACCGACCGGGCUGUGAAUGAGAUAGAGCAUUACUGUUUCUAUGGCAACCUACUUAGAAUUUAUUCAGCAGAACGAAGAGCGAGAUGGGGUGCGUUUCAGCUGGAACGUUUGGCCUUCUAGCCGGCUGGAAGCUACACGGAUGGUGGUGCCGCUCGGAUGCCUUUUCACCCCUCUGAAAGAACGGCCGGACUUGCCUCCAGUACAGUAUGAACCAGUUCUCUGCACCAGACCAACCUGCAAAGCCGUCCUCAAUCCACUAUGCCAAGUCGACUAUAGAGCUAAGUUGUGGGCUUGCAACUUUUGUUUUCAGCGAAACCAGUUCCCUCCUACAUAUUCUGGGAUAUCUGAGAUGAAUCAGCCUGCGGAGCUGAUGCCACAGUUCUCUACCAUAGAGUAUAUUGUCCAGCGAGGCCCCCAGACACCUCUGAUAUUCCUGUAUGUGGUUGACACCUGCCUGGAGGAAGAAGACUUGCAAGCUCUGAAGGAAUCCCUGCAGAUGUCACUCAGUCUUUUGCCUCCAGAUGCCUUGGUGGGCCUGAUCACUUUUGGGAGAAUGGUUCAAGUGCAUGAACUUAACUGUGACGGGAUCUCAAAAAGCUACGUCUUCCGAGGAACCAAAGAUCUUACAGCCAAGCAAAUACAGGAUAUGUUGGGUCUUUCAAAACCUGCAGCUCCAGCACAACAGGGAAGACCACUGCAGCCUCAGGAGCAGCCCUUGUCAAGCAGGUUUUUGCAGCCAGUGCACAAGAUCGACAUGAAUUUAACAGACCUGCUUGGGGAAUUACAACGCGACCCAUGGCCUGUAACCCAGGGGAAAAGGCCUCUGAGAUCCACAGGGGUGGCUCUGUCUAUUGCUGUUGGUUUGUUAGAGGGAACGCUUCCAAACACUGGCGCUAGAAUUAUGUUAUUUACAGGAGGGCCACCGACACAAGGACCCGGAAUGGUUGUUGGAGAUGAAUUAAAAACACCAAUUCGUUCCUGGCACGACAUUGAGAAAGACAAUGCCCGUCUUAUGAAGAAGGCUACUAAGCACUAUGAAGGACUGGCGAACCGCACUGCAGCCAAUGGGCACUGCAUUGAUAUCUAUGCUUGUGCACUAGACCAGACAGGUCUCCUGGAGAUGAAAUGCUGCUCUAACCUUACUGGGGGUCAAAUUGUCAUUGGUGAUUCUUUCAAUACGUCUCUGUUCAAGCAAACAUUCCAGCGAGUGUUCAGUAAAGAUUUAAAUGGAGCCUUUAAAAUGGCCUUCGGUGCUAACUUGGAAGUUAAGACUUCAAGAGAGCUGAAAAUUUCAGGUGCUAUUGGACCCUGCGUUUCAUUAAAUAUGAAGAGUCCCAGCAUUUCAGAAAAUGAACUUGGAGUUGGUGGGACAUGUCAGUGGAAAAUAUGCAGUCUGGACCCAUCUACAACACUAGCCUUGUAUUUUGAAGUGGUGAACCAGCACAAUGCGCCCAUUCCUCAAGGAGGUCGUGGAGCUAUUCAGUUUGUGACCCAAUACCAGCAUUCCAGCACACAAAAACGCAUCCGAGUCACCACAAUUGCCAGGAAUUGGGCGGAUGCUCAGACUCAGCUGCAGCACAUUGAGGCAGCCUUUGAUCAGGAAGCAGCGGCGGUGCUGAUGGCACGUCUUGGAGUCUAUAGGGCCGAGACAGAAGAAGGACCAGAUGUUCUCCGGUGGUUAGACAGACAGCUCAUCAGGCUUUGCCAGAAGUUUGGACAGUACAACAAGGAUGAUCCCACCUCCUUCAGACUGUCCGACACGUUUUCCCUUUACCCUCAGUUCAUGUUCCACUUGAGAAGAUCCCCUUUCCUGCAAGUGUUCAAUAACAGUCCAGAUGAGUCGUCCUACUAUCGGCAUCACUUUGCCAGACAAGACCUGACCCAGUCUCUCAUCAUGAUCCAGCCCAUUCUCUACUCUUACUCUUUCUAUGGUCCUCCAGAGCCUGUAUUAUUGGACAGCAGUAGCAUUUUAGCUGACAGAAUUCUGCUCAUGGACACAUUCUUCCAGAUUGUCAUCUACCUUGGAGAAACUAUUGCACAGUGGAGAAAAGCAGGUUACCAGGACAUGCCAGAGUAUGAGAACUUCAAGCAUCUUCUCCAGGCACCACUAGAUGAUGCCCAGGAAAUCUUACAAAGCAGGUUCCCAAUGCCACGCUACAUCAAUACAGAACACGGAGGCAGCCAAGCUAGAUUUUUGCUCUCCAAAGUCAAUCCCUCACAGACGCACAACAAUAUCUACAGCUAUGGACAAGAUGGUGGAUCCCCAAUUCUGACAGAUGAUGUCAGCUUACAAGUUUUUAUGGAUCAUUUGAAAAAGCUGGCUGUUUCUACUGCAUCAUAGUCGGAAAAAAAAAAGUGGACAUAAAUAUUUCAGAUACAGGCAAUGGAAGAUAAUGCCAUUUUUAGACAAAACACAUUCCCCCAUGUAGUCGAAGGAACUAAUCAAAGUUUUACCAGAAGCUCAAUAAGAUGUGAAGUUAACUUUUUUGAAUGUAGUCAUAUCUUAAGUUUAAUUUAUUGUUUUUGUUUUACAAAUAGAAUUUUUGUCCCAUUUGUUAACACUUAUUGUAUAUAUUCAGGAUGCCUUGUUAAUUCUCUAACAUCUUCACCUUUUCUUUAUUCAGUAUAUAGAAAUCCAUAGUAAAAAAGAGAACAAAAAAAGUCAAAAUGUUUUUU